AUUUCGCUUUACUUUGCGACAGACCAUAGUGUGACACGAGUUUUUGUCGGUUCAAAACAUGAGAGGUCAUUUGUGACUUUGAUCUGCGAAAAAGGUGUACUGAAAGUUAUGUUUCCAGCUUCUGACAGAGGCGGAUCAUAACAUAAGGAACAUGGCCACUACCGCGGUGGCUGUGGGGCUGACUUUGGCAGCGGCUGGCUUUGCAGGUCGCUAUGCCAUGCAGGCCAUGAAGCACAUGGAACCACAAAUGAAGCAAGCCCUACAGAGUUUCCCCAAAACUGCGUUUGGAGGUGGAUACUACAGAGGUGGAUUUGAGCCAAAGAUGACCAAGAGAGAGGCCUCUCUCGUGUUAGGAGUCAGUCCCACUGCCAACAAGAUCAAGAUCAGGGAAGCUCACAGAAAGAUGAUGAUCCUAAACCAUCCAGACAGAGGUGGAUCACCCUACCUAGCAGCCAAGAUAAAUGAGGCAAAGGAUCUAAUGGAUGGACAGUUAAAGAAAUAAACCUUUCAGAUUGUUGCACUGGAUGGGGCGGGGAUCUUUUGUAAUUGAAUGUGCCCAAAUAAAUUAUGUAUAUACGA